UUAUUACAUGGACAGACCCAUAGACUGAACACUCCCCUUAAUAGCGGAGGGGAAAAAAACACACUCCGAGAGGAGAUCCCGACCCGAGUUACUGUCACAUCUGCUGCCCUGCCUCGUCGGAACCACUCUCCCUCUCGUGUGAUUCAUCCAACUGACCAGCCGUCAUGGUGUCCCAUAAGGAGUUUGUGGGUGCAGGAAAGGCGCCAGGGCUGCAGGUGUGGCGUAUUGAGAACAUGGACCUGAAGCAGGUUCCCAAGGCACUCUAUGGAAACUUCUACACCGGGGAUGCCUACCUGCUACUGUACACCACCCCAGCUCCCUCCCAUUACAUACACAUGUGGAUGGGGGAAGAGUGUUCUCAAGAUGAGAGUGGCGCAGCAGCCAUCUUUGCAACCCAGCUGGAUGACUUCCUGGGAGGAGGACCUGUGCAGUUCAGGGAGGUCCAGAACAACGAAUCCAUCACCUUCCUGGGUUACUUCAAAUCUGGCAUAAAGUACCAGAAUGGAGGUGUGGCCUCUGGUUUCCAGCAUGUAGUGACCAAUGACAUGAAUGUGAAGCGCCUGCUGCACAUCAAGGGUCGACGGGCCAUCAGGGCCACCGAGGUUGCCUUCUCCUGGGAAAGCUUCAACCAGGGAGACUGUUUCAUAGUUGACCUGGGAAAGGACAUCUUCCAGUGGUGUGGCAAAGAGUGUAACUAUUUUGAGAGGCUGAAGGCCUCUCAGGUGGCCUUCGAUAUCAGGGACAAUGAGAGGAAUGGCCGAGCCAAGGUGCACAUGGUGGAUGACGGAGCAGAGCCGCAAGAAAUUAUACAGGCUCUGGGGCCCAAACCCAGACUUGCCCCCAGCACCAUGGAUGACGAUAAGGCGGACACCUCCAACAGGAAGAGGGCGUCCCUCUACAUGAUCUCUGAUGCAUCCGGCACCAUGAAAACAUCAGAGGUGGCCCAAUCCAGUCCUUUCAGACAGGCCAUGCUCACUCCGGACGAAUGCUACAUCCUGGACAAUGGGCCUGACAAGAACGUUUUUGUAUGGAAAGGUCCCAAGGCCAACACGUCGGAGCGUAAAGCUGCCAUGUCAGCAGCAGAGAAAUUCAUCAGAGACAAGGGAUACUCCAAGAAGACACAGAUCCAGGUUCUUCCUGCAGGGGGGGAGACCACCCUGUUCAAGCAGUUCUUCAGUGACUGGAAGGACAAAGACCAGACUACUGGCCCUACUAAGGCCUACACCAUUGGUCGCAUAGCUAAGGUGGAGCAGGUACCCUUCGAUGCCUCCACCCUCCACUCCAACAAGGUCAUGGCUGCCCAGCAUGGCAUGGUGGAUGAUGGCAAGGGGAAGGUCCAGAUCUGGCGUGUUGAGGGCGGUGACAGUGUAGCUGUGGACCCCUCCUCCUACGGACACUUCUUUGGAGGAGACUGUUACCUCAUCCUCUACACCUACAAACAGGGAAGCCGAGAGCAACACAUCAUAUACACUUGGCAGGGGCUGAAGUCCUCCCAAGAUGAGCUGACAGCCUCUGCUUUCCUGACAGUGAAGUUGGAUGACUCAAUGGGAGGAUCCCCAGUCCAGGUAAGAGUUACCCAAGGCCAGGAGCCUGCCCACCUGAUGAGCCUGUUCCAGGGGAAACCCAUGAUAAUCCACAACGGUGGGACGUCACGCAAAGGUGGACAGACGAGGGCCGGCAGCACGCGUCUUUUCCAUAUCAGGCAGAGCUCCUCCCGUGCCACACGGGCUGUGGAGGUGGAGCCCUCUGCUUCCAAUCUGAACACCAAUGACAUUUUUGUGCUCAAAGCCCCGAACGGCAUGUUUGUGUGGCGAGGCGUGGGUGCCAGUGACGAGGAAAUGGAAGCUGCCAAACAUGUGGUGGGCUUCCUGGGUGGCAGCGCUAACAAUGUGUCAGAGGGCAAAGAGCCAGCUGACUUCUGGUCUUCUCUGGGAGGUAAGAAAGACUACCAAACCUCCAAGAGUCUGCAGAAUGUGAUCCAGCCUCCACGUCUCUUUGGUUGCUCCAACAAAACCGGCAGACUCGACGUGGAGGAGGUACCAGGCGACUUCACCCAGUUGGACCUGGCCACUGAUGAUGUCAUGCUCCUGGACACCUGGGAGCAGAUCUUCAUUUGGGUUGGCAAGGACGCGAAUGCAGAGGAGAGGACUGGCGCGCCAAAGAUAGCCAGAGAAUAUGUGGACUCAGACCCCUCUGGUCGCCGUGGACUGCCCAUCACCACCAUCAAACAGGGAGCGGAGCCCCCAACGUUCACUGGCUGGUUCCAGGCGUGGGAUCCCAAGAUGUGGGAGACGGAUCCAUUGGAUCGAAUCCGCAUCCGUUUCUGAACCCCAAACUCCAAGCGCUUAUCCUCAAGCUCACUAUCUAGCAUUACCUUUAGCUGAUUUUUUUUUUUUUUCAGUUUCUCUGAAUCUGCAAGUGCCAAAAUCAGAUCUAGCUCUGUCGUGUUUAGGAAUGGAUGUCUCUUUGCAUUGGUCACAGUGCAGUGCACUAUGUUUUAGGAAUAGAGCUUCAUACCAUCAGUAGGCUUAUAAUCUCCACUUCUCUCCUUGGUUUACUGAGAUGAGAACACAUUCACUUGUAUUUGGUAGACACAAGUGGCUUAUUGUUCUGCUGCAUCCUACAGCAAGUCACCUUCGUAUCAUCAUCACAUCUUCACUCAAACCCAGAAAGCGUCAGAAUAUCAGAAUAAAGAGCACAGGGAGUUAGGAAAUGGAGCCACUUAAGACCACGUAAGAUGUCCGAUAUUUCUCCUCCCUUGCUUCUUACUUUAAUUUGUGUGAAGGGGAUACCAUCAUGCCUAUUAUCCUUUCAGUAUAGUGGGCAGCCAUCUUUUGGGUUUCAUUAGUGUUGAGUAGAGGGAACACGAGUUUUGUGCAGAUGCAUUUCUCAAAGCCUCUGCACAGUGUGGAUAUGCUGCUGUUCAGUUGCUGAUCGCGAAAUGUGGCAUAUUUGAGUCUGUUCACUACUUCUAGAAGUUGCAUGCUGCAUUUUUAUAUAUAUAAAAAUAAUGAUUUGUAAUAUUGAAUUUUAGAAGGUAAAUAUCAAAUGCGGUUACUUUUUUCUUCCUUUUUUUGAUUCCAUUUUGGAUUGAAUGACAAAUGCUCUUAUGGAUGGCUUUUAAAUAAAACCUCAGUAUUUUAAAGCUG